AUGACAAGUUUGUAUCUUGAACCUAUCAAAACCCCUAAUGUCGGACCAAAUGUUAUUACCUCUACUAAAGGUCCUGUCAUCGUGAAUGUUGUGGGUAGUAUUCGAACAUCUGAAAAAUAUGCCUCUGAAACUGUAAGUCUAGAUAACCAUAGAGCUGAAAAGACCCUAGGUCAAUCUAGUUUGAAUGUUGUUGUUAAUGACAUUGUUGAUAAAAAAAACUCUUAUGGUGAGUCUGACAAUGAGUUUGUUUCUAUUGAGUUUCCUGAAAAACCUCAAGAGGAUGUGUCUGAUAAGAACUCCCAAGAGGAUGUGACUGAAGCUAAUUCAGUUAGUAGUGAGAAAGAUGAUUUGAAUGAUAAAAGUAUGUAUGUUGAAGGUGAGAAAGCUUUGUCUGAUAAAGAAGACAAGAAGGAAAGUGUUGGUGUGAAGAAGUAUCAGUCUACAUAUAUUGUCAAUAUAGAUGAUCUAGAUUCUGAUGAUGAAUAUAUAGGUAAGAAAUUGGCUCCUGGUAUUGAUAAAAGAUUAAAGAAAAGGAAAGGGAAGGUUGUUGUGUCUGCAAGUAAGCCUUCUAAGGCAUCCAAGAAAAGUGUUGGUGUUGGACCUGCAAAAGGAUGGAGAAAAGUUGUGACUACCAAGAAAAGGUUAGUGAAAAGGAAUGAGGUUUCCUCAAGUGAGUCUGAGUAUGAUGUCGAACAAAAUGUUCUAGACAUCAUGCCUUUAGCUAAGAAGGGAGUUGCUGGGAAAAAUAUCCCUGCAAAUGUGCAUGAAGUCCCCAUUAACAACAUUUCUUUUCAUUAUGUGGAAAAUUUUGAAAAAUGGAAAUAUGUGUACCAAAGAAGACUAGCUUUGGAAAGAAAUCUUGGUAAGGAUGCUCUUGAAUUCAAGGAAGUGGUGGAUCUUAUUGAGGAUGUUGGUUUGAUGAAGAGUAUUGUUGGUUUUGGUAACUGUUAUGAGAUGCUGGUGAAGGAAAUCAUUGUGAAUGUUUCUAAUGAUUAUGAAAGUAAGAUGAGCAAGGAGUACAUGAAGGUUUAUGUUAGAGGUAAGUGUGUGGAGUUUUUUCCGAAAGUUAUCAACAGGUUUAUGGGUAGGAGUGAUGAGGAGAAAGCUGAGGUGGAAGUAACUGAUAAUGUUGUCUAUAAGGAGAUCACUAGAAAAUAG